UUAACCCACCUGCAACCACUGCGGACAAGAACAACCUUAAGUACACAGGGAAUGUCUUCACCCCACGCUUUGCUACCGCCUUGACCUCAACAACCCGGAACCAGCCACUCUGGCUCCACCUGAAUUGCCCACCUGUGCCAGUGUUCACGAGUCACUCUACCUACCAAUAUCAGGGCCUGUACCCACAGCUAUGGGCAAGGAUGCCCUACCAGCAGGCUGUGCACCCUCAGUUGGGGUGCUACUCUCGACCGGUGACACCAUACAACCCACAACAAAUGGGCCAGCAGAUUUUCCGCUCUUCCUACACUCCCCUGUUGAGCUAUGUCCCCUUCGUUCAGCCCAACUAUCCAUACCCUCAGAGGACACCUCAGAAGCUGUCCACCAAUCUCCGAGACCCUUCACCCUUGGCCGGAGAUGGGUCACAGUACCUCUUCCCCCAGGGAUAUGGGUUCAACUCGACAUCUGGUGGGCCCCUGAUGAACAGCCCCUAUUUUUCCUCCAGUGGGAAUGGCAUAAAUUUUUAG